AUGACCACUUGUUGCCUAGGAAACGCUGAGCAAAAACAUAAACAAAAGAUGAUGGACUGGGCCGAAGAACUUAAGAUGACAAUAAGGAAGACGACGGCCAGGAAGGGGCGUCGCUCCAAGAGUCGCGAUGUCUUGAAGGAGGAGUCCUUGCAGACAGCAGCUGCAGGCUCCAAGGACAUUUCCAUUGAUAUUACAUUGAAUGUACAGGCCCAGGGCGGAACGCCGCCCUCUACAUCGGAUGCAGGGACUUCGUCAUCUUACAACAAUGAGUUCGAGUCGCAUCGUCCACCCAUCCGACGCAUUUCGGGUGGAUGGGCGGACUCUGGCCUGAAAGGAUUGAAGUCCAAGAAGAACUCGUUUGAUGAUGAGCGUUUUAAGCAAACAAAAUCGGCCACAAAUUCAAUACCAACAGAUGACAUACCCGUUAUACCUGAUAUGGAUGAUAUCAAAGAUGAAAUAAUGCUCAAUGAGAUAGUGGAACCGGCCAAUGUCGGUUCAACACGUUCUGCUGUUUUAAAGGAGGCCAACUCCGAUUUGCUGUCUCAAUACGCCUUCUCUGCCGUGGAUGGCUUUGAUCUCUCUAUAUUAACCGACUGCCUGGUUCCCCAGGAGAGCCUUAAUGAGAAGGACGAUCUCUGGCAGUGGGACAAGCUCUUCACCGAGGUAACAGCCGAAAUCCAUUCGGAUAAAGUGCCUAAUAUAGGCAUGAAGAUCGGACCCGAUGUGGUGCCGCCAACUCAACAUUCUUAAAUGACUUCUUACUCAAAGCAAUUAGUGCAAUAUAAAAUACUCAAUUAGAUGUAAUGUAAUUUAAAAAUCCAUUCAUUAGAUGCCUUAAAUGAUCACAAAUACUCAAUUAAAUUGCGAUUUUAAACUA